UUUUGGAUUUUCUCAUUUUCGUGAGUUUGCUGUUUUGCUUGCAACAAGUUUUGUUGUGAUUGUCACAGCUAUUAGUCGUGUUAAUGAGAAUUUUUUCACUAUUCUGAUAAGUGAUAACUUGUGAAGAAUCUGCGCAAUAGCGGAGAAGAGCGUUUUUAGUAUGGAUUUCCAUGAGAAAUCUCCGAGCGGAUCGGAGGCAUCGGAGAACGGGGAUGGACGGGGUUUCUACGUCAAACUGAAUGUCGGAGGGACGCUGCACAUCACCACCAUCCACACACUGGCAUCGAAAGAUACCAUGCUGAAGACCAUGUUCACCACUCCCAUGGGAUUCCGCAAGGAUUCCGAAGGUUUUGUGCGGAUUGAUCGGUGUGGGAAACACUUUGGAACGAUUUUAAAUUGGCUGCGGGAUGGCGACGUCCCGCUGCCCUCCGGCCCGACGGAAAUUGAAGAGCUGUAUCACGAAGCCAAAUAUUAUUUGUGCGAGGAGCUUCUUCGCAAAUGCGAGUCGGCGCUGCAGUGUCGAACGUCCCCGAUGUGUCAUGUGCCGCUGAUCACGUCGCCGCGCGAAGAAAAUCUCCUGAUCAGCAACACCAAGAAGCCCGUAAUCAAACUGCAGGUCAACCGGCACAACAAAUACUCGUACACGGUGACAUCGGACGAUAACCUGCUGAAGAGUAUCGAGCUCUUCGACAAACUCAGCCUGCGCUUCAACGGACGCAUCCUCUUCCUGAAAGACGUGAUCAGUAACGCGGAGAUCUGCUGCUGGUCCUUCUUCGGGCACGGGAAGAAAGUGGCCGAAGUCUGCUGCACCUCCAUCGUCUACGCGUCGGACCGCAAGCACACCAAGGUGGAUUUCCCCGAAGCGCGGGUUCUGGAAGAAUCCCUGAAUAUUCUCCUGUACGAGCAGAACGUGGACACGGAACUACUGCAGGCCACGCGCAGCCGGCAGCGCGUCAACUACAACGACGAGGACGACGACCGCUCCUGCUCCGUCAACUCCGCCAACGUGCAGGUGGUGCGGCGGUUGGCGGGGCCCGCCGCCCCGCGGGCGGUCAACAACAACAGCUGAUUCCGACAUUUCCAGCGGUUUAAUUUGUUUAUCGAUAGCUUCGCUUGUUUUCGGGAAAAUAUUCGCAAGGCGGGGCGAUUUAUUUCGCACAAAAGAGGAUUUUUAUUUGCUCGUUUUUUUUGUUUUUAAUGGGUGAAAUUUUCUCCUGUGUUGGCUUCUUUUGUUGCUGUUGGGGAUUUUGGUGGGUUUGCUUAAAUGGAUUAAUUUUAAGAACCAGUGAAGAAAAAAAUUCUGGCUCGCGUAAAUUAGGCUUUAGUUUUUUUUAUAAAUAAUGGAAUGUCUUAUCUGCUCGCAAAAAAUCGUAUUUAGUUUAUUUUCGGUUAAUGUUUUAAAUUGUAGAGAAUGUUUAAUUACACAUGUGAGCCAGAAUGCUGGGAAAAAGAUCCGCGCUGUGUAAUUACAGAGAAAUAACGCACUGGAAUUUUAAUUACGUUCCUUAAGUUU